AUGAAUUCUCAUCAACUGCUGCGAUGGGGCGGGUUGGUGAUUUGUGUCUUGUUGUUGGCUGGAGUAGCGAUGAAUUUACAUCAUUUAUUAUCAAAGUGGAAAUCCAAAUCUGUUGCUGAAUUAACAUCGGACACAAUAACAAUUUCAAAGAUUGAGUUGGAUGAGCUGAAAAAGUAUGCUCAUUCAUGUAAAGUACUAAAACAUUUAUCUAUUGUAUUGAUUGAUACAGGAGGCAAUGUUCAUAAACAGAUUAGAACAUUGGUAGGAACCAUACAUCGUUAUCACGAAGCAGAAUUGUUGAUUUACGUGUACGGAGUUGAUCUAGAUGAGCCUACUCGGAAUGAAAUAUAUCUUUGGAAAAAUGUUGAAUAUUGGGAUGUAAGAGAGCUAUAUCAAGCCACAACAAACAUUGACCGACCUGAGAAAAUCAAUGCCGAAUAUUACAAACCUGUAAUUUUCAAACACAGUGUUGAACGAUUAGGAAAAUAUGGAAGCUUUUUCGCAUCUCCAAGGUGUAAUUCACCUCUGCCAAAAGAUAAGAGUCUUGCAGCUACCAAAUCUUUUGACGUUGUUCUCCAUGGUGCUACCUACAACUCGUAUGCAUACAAAAACCUUUAUAUUCCACUGUAUGAAUGCUCUAGGGCAAAAUGUGCACCUGCACACUUAAAAGAUUUAGAUCCAGAAAAGUUUGACAGUCUAUCCGAUGAUUUAAAACAAGCAAUGCACUGUCAAGAUUUAGCAACCAUUACACAUGCAAUUUCUGCAGAUGCUCCAUCGGAUAGUGCUUGCUAUAUCAUUAAUAGAGAGGAUAUGCUUCUUUCUCCUUCGCAAUUACCAGGAUUUCCAAUUAAAUCUUGGGUUGCAUUUACUCCGGAGAAGGAUGACACUGGUCUUAUCAAGCAAAAUGACGACAAAAGAAUUCACAUUGCAUUAGGUGUGCCAACAACCUCUAAAGGGCACAAGAAUGUCAAUGAAAAUCCUCUCUUUAAAGUAUUUCUUCCUAGUUUGAAAGAAACAAUAGCACGAAAAGGAUCACCUGAUGGUGACAAGUACGUUUACAAACUUUAUGUUGCCAUCGACCGUGGAGAUCCUGUUUAUGACAACGCUGAAAAUCAAAAACUCUUCAAGAAUUUAGUCAUGAGCCAAAUGGAAGGAUACAAUUUCCAUUUCCAAAUUAUCAAAGUUAUUAACUCUCAUGGCUGGGUUCCAAUGUUGUGGAAUACUGUUUUCCAACAUUCUAUUGACGACGGCGCCGAUUACUUCUACCAGCUUAAUGAUGAUGUGAAAUUCAUUACUCCAGGAUGGACGGGAAUAUUAAUUGAACGAUUGGAAAACAAUCCAUUCAGAAAGAAUUUUGGUGUUACAGGUCCUACAGAUGAAGGAAACAGAAGUAUCUUUACCCAAGCAUUUGUUCAUAGAACACAUCAUCACAUUUUUGGAUACUUUUAUCCAUAUGUUUUCAAAAAUUGGUAUAGUGAUGACUGGAUUUCUCUUGUUUACAGAGACUCCAACUCGUACUUUAAGGAUCCACAUAAACCUAUGGUAAGAAACCAACAAACAUUUGGUACUCGUUACGACAUUUGUGACGCGAACGGUCGCGAGAAUCUUCACAAGAUUUUGCAGGUAUCAAAGGUUAAGAUCAAAGAGUAUCUGGAAUCCACAGCAGCCCCUUAA